ACGACCUUUAUACGCAUAAAUAUAUAAAUAUAGAUAUAUAUAAACGCACAUUGUACAUAACUAUAUGUUGUAUACUACGAAAUAGUACAUAGACCAAAGUACAUAAAUAGCUAAUGUGGUGUACAAAAAAAAAUUAACAGUUUAUUCUUUGACUAUUAAAGUAAGAGUAAAUAAUUAUCAAUUGGAAGAUUGUGCACGUUUUUCGAGCAAGUCUACAGCUUCACGAUGAUUUCGCUGAGGGAAUUGUCACUUUAUUUCAACUAUUUUGCUCGAUUACGACUUUGAGCAAUCAUUCGUUUACACAUACACAGAAGUACAGCUACAUGUAUACAUUUCAUGUAUUUACAAUCCCAUAUUGGGAGAAAAAUCGCUCAAAAAUCACCACGAAAUCGAGUGUUUUUUAUUCUUCUUCAAUUGAGUGGCUUCGACUCGUCGAUUGUCAUUGACUGUCAAAUCCGAUGACCCUGAGCAUAAAAUGUCACUUGUCGCUACUAAUACCGAAUGUCCACUUGUCAAAGAAUUAUCAAACUGCGUGAAAGAAAAUUCUCGCAGUGGUAUCGUUUCCUGUCUUACGCGUAUCAAAACAGACCAAAAAUGUUCACAAGAAGUUAUGGAAAACGGUGGUGUCUGCCUUCUUGUCGAUCUACUGCGAUAUCGAAACACCAAAGUCAUGGAUACAACUCUCAGCAUACUUGCCAACGCUUGCUUAAUCUCACAUGUCAGAGAGAAGGUGGAGGGAACGAAAAUAGCAUCAUACGUGGUAUGGAUAGCGAAGAAUUUGGAUUCAGGAGAGACCAUGCAUUGCCGGGCCUGUCGUUUGAUGGGAAAUCUAUCGGAAUCAAAUAACCAUGCACGAGCAUUAUGUGAAGCUGGUGCGAUAGUGGCAUUAACAGAAAUAUUGCGAUCAAAAUCAAACGCACAAACAUUGGGAAUGGCGGUAAGAGCAGUGAGAAACAUAUGGACGGUUUAUGAGGGUGGUAGAGAGGAAAUAUUGGAAGCUGGAACAAUAAAGGAAAUCACGGGAUUGUUGGUGAGUUCGAGGAAGAAAAUAUUGGAGCGUGAGAACGAGACGAAAUGGGGUGAGUUGGCGGAAUCGUGUUUGAAGGCGAUGUCCGCAUUCGCGGAUUGCACGGACCCACGUACGUGUGAACAAAUGCGGGGAGAAAAAGGGAUCCACGGUUACCGUUGUAUCGUCGAUUACUGUAGAUCGUUUAAUAAAACAGCGAUUAAAUGUUUGUACAAGUUGUGUCUCUACGCGGGGCGUAGACCCGAACUUGGAAAUUCUGGGGCGAUCGAGUGUCUCGUGGAAACAUUGAGAUCGCGAACGUCUCCACGUUGGAACAACGAACGCUCGACAUCCGCUAUAUCUUCGUCCACUUCGUUUUGGGAAAGUCUCGUAAGUUUAUGCAUGUUUUGUCGCGAAGCUGUCAACCGAGCCAAAAUUCGACGCGGCUCCGGACUCGAGGCCAUUCUGGCGCUUCUUAAUGAAGUUCACAACGAAAAAUAUCAUCCCAUGUUGCUCCAUGCUCUCGCACAAUUCAUCUGCGAUGAUCUCAGCAUCGACAUCAUGGUGAAAAAUGGCCUCGUCGAUAUUCUUGUCCAUAAAUUAAAGAAAAUGGCUCUUGAUGACAAAACCACUGACAAACGCGACACGAAAAAUGGAAAGAAAAGGUCAGCCGAUACCUCGCCCCAUGAAAGAGCAGGAGGAGGAGAUUUCAAGUACAAUAAAACCAGUUACCAUAGUGGAAGGUUUAGUUUGGAUUAUCCCCGAGAAGAUUGGAGUCCUGGUGGAACAAGCACUUCGUAUUCGUCACCACCGAGCACUCCACCCUUGUUACCAUAUGAAACGAAUUCGGAUAUCGAUGAAUAUGCCGAUGAUAAUUAUAGCCCAAUUUGCAGCGAUACCGAGUGGCUCGAAAACGAAGAUUCUACAGAUAUUCCAGACGAAGAUGAAUUAAAUUCGAGGAUACGAGCUGCUAGGGACGAGGAUAAAGAGGAAGAGGACGAAUUUUUAAAAGCUGAAAAAGAGGAGAAUUUCGAUGAAAAUUAUCGAGAAGAUCAUCAAGAAGAACGAGAGUCUUCGAGUAUUCUUGCUUUGUUGAGCAUGUUGAGUCAUUCGACCGUACCCAUCGAUAGACUGUCCGAUCCAACGACUAUUCAAGCUCUCGUUACUUACAUUGCAUCAGCCAAAAAUUAUCGGGCUUCCGUUAUUCUUACAAGGAUAAUUAGAAAUCAUUCAUACUUCGUGCCACUUUUGCUUCAAGGCUUCGUUUUGGAAGCUCAAACGCUUUACGGAUCAGAACAUUACAUACGAGCGUUGUGCGAUACCGCGGAGACCGGUGGAGCAUUUGGUGAAAUGGCAACGUUACUUUUGCGUGGACAGGAGAAUCAAAAAUCGAUAGUAGCAAUAUCGAUACCAUUUGUGAUAAAAAGUCACGAAAAGUUGCGAAUAUUAUUGAAAUAUCACGGUGGCCUCGAAUUGAUAUAUCGGGAAGUGGAAAAGUCGACAAAUGCCAUGUACGACGACGCAAUAUUGUCGAUUUGUAAAUUGGCUGAUUCGCUUCACGUUUCAACGCCAAAAGAAAUUAGCAAGGAGGAGCAUACGAAUAAAGUGGAAAUUCAAUCGGAAACGAAAAACGAGGACAAAGAUCGUGAAGUCGGAACGGAAGAAUGGAGUGAAGACCUUGUUAUUUUCGAACUCGACGAUGGAAGCACGGUGCAAACAAAAAGAACGAUAAUUUGCAGAAAAUCCGAAGUUUUCUCGGCAAUGUUGGAGGGUAAUUUUUCUGAAUCCGGUAAAAAUAAUGUGAGAUUGAAAAAAGCUUCGAAAGAUGGUUUGUCGACUCUACUUAGUGCUGCCAACGGUGAUUUUCACUUGAAGAAUCAUCAAAUCGAAGCGAUUCUCGAUGCUGUUAUUUUAGCCGACAAAUUUCUCAUGACCGAACUUUCCGAACGUCUCACCGAAAUUUCCAUGGCUCGUCUUGAUCACGAAAAUCUUUGUCGCGCCUGGAAUUGGUCGAGAACUAAUUCUUGCCACGAGUUUCGCAACUGUUGCGUUCGAAUUUUCCUCACUUCAGACAUGAUGAGAUCGCAUCGUUUACGGGUUUUUCGUGAUUUUCACGCAUCCACGAACUUUCGAGAAUUCGUCAAAGAUACGAGGAACGUCAUUGAGAAUGCAAUCUCGUUACCACGAACUUGAAAUUCCAAUAACUUAACAUAUUCAUACUAAAAGUGAAUUAGAAGACGUGGUACGAAACCCGGUUAAUCGAAUGAUCGAAAAUCAUGAAAAAUAAAUUAAUCAAUUUUCGGCAGAUAUUUGGGAAUAGAAAUAGCCAUCAUCUUUCCAGAAUAUCGAUCAUUUAAAAAAAAAACGGAAAUCAAUUUUUUUAUUUAGUUUCCAUGACCUAUAGAAGAAAAAUUGUAUAGUGAAGUUUUAUUCUUUCUCGAUAAUUUAUAAAAACAAAACAAAAAAAAGCUCGGUUCAAUGAAUUUUAAGAAAACCCGUUGCAUUAUUUGUACAUAUAAAAACUGUGGAAAGCUUAGUUGAUUAAUUCGUUCAAUAAUCUUUAUUUGUUUACUAUUCAAUCAUUUUUCAAUAUUACAGGCGUUGUUUUUAUUAAAAAUUUUACAUCAUCAACCGCAUCACAUUAUGCAAGCAUGAAAAAUAAAAUUUUACAAAUCACAAUAAAAUUUCGUAAAAUAUAAUUGGUUCUAGAAAUUGUUUUACUCUUUCAACCUAAUAAACAAUACUCAUCUUUUAUACAGUUUGAGUUUGAUUGACUUUGAAGGAACGGCUAUUAAAUGCAGAAUCAUUCUUAUCGCGUCUUCGUUGGAACAUUCGAUUUUGAAAGUCUUGACGAUCUAAAAAAAAAUAAUGUGUUUGAAAAAUCACCAAUUUAUUCCACGUUCACGAACGUCAUUGAAUCAUGAAAUCUCGAGUUCUCAUAAACCGUAUUGAAAACCAUGAUAAAAAAUGGAAAAAUUUUUUUUUUUUCAAUUUUGAGAAGAGAAUAGUAAAAGAAAAAUGUAAAUAAAUGACAUCACAAUGAAAUUACGUUUUUUUUCUUACCUGACUAAGUGUGAGAAUCAUUUGAGUUUCAGCCAACUUCUUACCGACACAACUCCGAGCUCCAAGAGCAAAUGGAAGAGUGCCAUGAGGAUUGUUCACUUCUUUAUAAUUCCCAGCUUCAUUUCUCAUCCAUCGUUCAGGACGAAAUUCAUGCGGAUCUGGGAAAUUUUUCGGCUCUUUGCCACUUGAGUAAAUCGACAUGACCAUCAAUUCCUGUUCGCAACAGAAUCGAAAAUGGAAAUUAUUGCUUCAUUGAAAAUAUAAGCAUCAGCCAAAAGCAGCCAAGCAGAAUUAGAGCGAUUGCCCAAAUCAACUCUAUUUAGCAGUCAUAUUAAAAUUAUAAUACCAAAGACAGAAAAUAUGAAUAAAAAAAUUGGAUUUAGCACA